AUGUCGACUAAACUGCAGGUCUCGAAGUCUGGGAAGAAAAACUCUGCCAAAGGUGUCUCGGCACGAUCUCCCAGCAAGGUCAAGCAGACUACGAAGAAAAAGGGAACUGUCGGUCAGCCGAAAUCCAGGUCAUCUAGCGGUGAGGGCCCACCUGGGGGCGAUAUUCGCAAGUCCAACCGCCCUCGAAAGGUGAGAGUGUGGUACGCAGAAGGUGCGGAUGCUACCGAAGAAGACGCUGAACCUGUUACAGCUGCGCGGAACAAACGACAGGGCGACAAUUUGGACGAGGCAGAGGCCAACGGCAAGGCGGGAGACAAGGCCGAGGCUGAGGACGAGGCUGAGGCCGAGGCUGAGGAUGAGGGUGAGGAUGAGGCUGAGCACGAGGCUGAGCACGAGGCUCCACACGAGGCGGAGGAGGAUGCGGAGGAAGAUGAGGAGGAAAAUGCGGAGGAAGAGGCGGAGGAAGAGGCGGAGGAAGAGGCGGAGGAAGAGGAAGAUGGGGAGGCGGAGGAUGAAGAGGGUGGGGAGUCCGGCAAUGAGUUGGAAGAUGAGUCCGGGGACGAGCCGUCGGACGAGGAGGGUGGAGAGUCGGACGAUGAGCAGGGGGAUGAGGAGGAGGCAGUGGAGAGGAAUGAGAAAAACGGUACGGCGGAAAUGCCUGCCUGCGCGGAUGCUCAUAAGCCUGAGGUCACGAAAAAAACAAGCUUUGACGAGAUGCUGGAAGAGCAGGAUGACAGUGAAGGUGAUGCCGUGGAGGAUGAGGCUGUGGCAGAGGAACGAGCUUUGCUGCUUGGGAAGCUGAAGGCACUUGAUGAGAUCCAGGAACCUGUUGUUAGCUCGAAGCUCGCUGGAAAGGGUGCGAAAGCACAGUCGCGUUCAGGACCCUCUAAGGUUCCGGCUAAGCCACCUCCAGGGAGACAUGCUGUCGCCAUGGCUAAGGGUAAGGAGAAAGUGGUGGAGAAAGUGGUGGCGAAAGAGAGUAGCCCUCGUGGAAAGACGAAACGGGAGGAGUCCGCCUUGGUGGUUGGAGGUGCAUCAAAAAAGCGAAACACCGGUGAAGUUGCGGGCAAAACGAAGGCAACUCCAAAGGCAGCAGGCGCUGGGGCAAGAGGGGUAAAGGCUAAAGCGGGCGGUGGGGCUAAAGUGACCGCUAAGAAGGGCAACACCAAAACCGAUGUCCCAUCCCUGUUGUCCCUAUCCUUGCCGUACCCUAUCCUCCCAUCCCUGCAGUCCCAUCCCUACCGUCAGCUCUCGUCCUAUCCCUGCCGUAAACCAAUCAGCCCAUCCCUUCUGUCUACCUUCCUCCCAUCCCUCCCGUCACCCAUCUCCCAUCCCUCCCGUCACCCAACUCCCAUCCCUUCUGUCACGUUCCUCCUAUCCUUUCUGUCACGUUCCUCCCAGCAGCACCCAAGGACUUCGGAGCUGCGCCACCAGUCUAAGGGAGUGAGGCAAUACCUAAACCCUGACUCCCUUCUGCCUGCCUGCCCCUCUUCCCUCAACCCGAAACCCCACUUGCUUCCCUGUCCAGGUCUAAGGGGGUCUAGUGAGGAACUUGCUAGGCGUGUUGCAACACAUCUUUGCUUCAACAUUGAAGCCUCAAUUAUUCAGUUCUACCCAUCUGCGGAGGAGGCCUUAGAUCAUGGGUUUAGCGAGUUUGUGUCCCCGCAGUUCGAGUGGCCAAUCCUUAACAAUGCGCCCGAUGGGAAGUUGAGCGGCAAGUGGGAGUACAAUCGGAUCCAGUACGAGGAGAUGUGCACCCGUGUGAAGCAGGAGGUCGAGAUCGCUGUCAUGGACCAUGGUGUCCCAUACGCCAGCAACACGAACACAUUCAACUUCCCAACGGCGUCUACAUCGACGCGUCUGACAUGGAGACCCUUGUCAGCAGGGUGCAGCUUUGUUGCAUCACUCACCAUCUCUUCCGUCCCCUUCCCCUUCCUCCCAUCUCUUCCGUCCCCUUCCCCUUCCUCCCAUCUCUUCCGUCCCCUUCCUCAUGUCUCUAUUGUCCCCUUCCUUCCGUCCCCCAUGCCUCUUUGCGCAGGCAGCACGACCUGCACCAGCCCGGGUUGUCACCCCCAACCCGUGAUCACAGAGAUCUACAGCAGCACUAGGGGGACAUGUGCGGAGGGGCUUAGUAGUGGCAGUAGCAAUCUGCAGCAGCAGCAGGGGGAUCGGUGCGGAGGGGCUUCGCAGUGGCAGUAG